GAUGCAUGUUUUAGAAACGAGAUAAUAUGAGAUCAACAGAGGAGAGUAUAAAAAUCCUUUACUUUUCCAAAGGACAUGAGGAGCCUUAUGUACAGAUAAUCACAGUGAGAAAGGCAAAGCGUUCACUGAGCAUCUAUAGCUCCCAGAGCACAUGCACCUCUGACAAGGAGGUGGACGACACACUGCCCAUUUUAAAACAGCACAGCCACAUCCUGUUGGAGCACCAUAUCCAGAGUCUGGCCAGCCACCUGCCUGCGCGGAUCCAGUGCUGUCUGUGGCAUCUGGUCUACAGCACUGUGGAGCAUGGCACCAGCCUAAGAACCCUGUACAGGUGCAUGGCUCAUGUGGACCGCCCAGUCCUGCUGCUCAUUAAGGACAUGCGCAACCAGGUAUUUGGUGCAUUCUCUUCAGAUCCGUUCAGAGUGAGCGACCGCUGCUAUGGCACAGGAGAGACUUUCCUUUUCACAUUCAGCCCAGAGUUUAAGAUGUUCUGCUGGAGUGGGGAAAAUUCUUAUUUUGUGAGAGGAUUCCUUGAUUCCCUUCAAAUAGGAGGGGGAGGGGGCUCUUUUGGUCUUUGGGUGGAUGCUGACCUCUAUCAUGGAGCCACAUUUCCUUGUAAUACGUUCCACAACCAGCCCCUCUCCCCCCAGCAUGACUUCACCAUCCAGGCCCUGGAGGUGUGGACCUUCCAGUAAAGCCAAACAUAUAACCAACAUGCUCAAGGUUUAACAGGCAUGCUGAUUGGAACUGUGUUUAACCUGACAUUCCAGCCCAGAAACUGGUGUGUCAUGCAGAGACAAAGCACAGCAUGCAAUCAGGUUGAGGCAGGUUGAGAUUUGUGGCAGUUUUGCAAUGUACAAACUCUGUCUAAAGCCGUUAGAAGACUAGACCAAAACUGCACUAGAGCUCUGCUAGGAGAAAAUGGAAUUCUUUAGUUGACACUUACAUGACACUAUUAAGACUAAGAUAUUCUGUAACAGAACACAGAGCAACACAGACAGAUAUUGGAUUGCACUCAACACACUUGGAGCCUGUACUUUUCCAAGUGGGUCCUUCCUGUUUCACUUUGAAAAGCAUUAUAGCAUAAAAUUGUUUAUAUUUGUUAAUAUCUGAAUGAGCAGGCUCUGAAAAGGAUUUUGAAAAGGAAUGUUACAUUUUAAAUUGUACAAUUUGUUAAUCAUUCUUUCUUAUUUUGUACAUGUUCAAUUUUGUUUUAUUGCAAAAAAGAACAUUUGAGACAUUGCAGACAUUUGUUUGUAGUAUUCUUAUGCAGUGCCAACACUGUCUGUAAUUCACCUUUUUGUUACAAUAAAUAAU